AUGGCUCGCAAGAAGGUGACCCUCCAGUACACCCCCAAUGACUCAACCCGGCGUGGUACCUUCAAGAAGCGCCACAGAGGCCUGAUGAAGAAGGCCAGCGAGUUGGCCAUCCUGUGUGACGUCAGGGCCUGCGUGCUGGUAUACGACGAGGGCGAGAUGGUGCCGGAGGUGUUCCCAUCCCACGUCGGGGCGGUGAAAAUCCUGAACAUUUUCAAGAACAUGCCGGAGCUAGAGCAGUAUAAGAAGAUGAUGAACCAGGAGGGCUUUCUCCGCGAGCGCAUCGACAAGCUCCGGGACCAGCUCCGCAAGUUCGGGCGCGAGGCCGGGACCACGAGAGAUCCUCCUGCACAAGGCCAUGUGUGGCAACCUCCCUAG